GUUAGAGUUCCCAAGUUCAGAACUUGCUGCAAAAUAGUGAAAAAUUUAACAUUUUUGAACUAUAUUUCGUGUGCAAUAAGAACUGAACUCUAGUCGUGGUUCUUGAACAGAUAGCAUAAUAACACGAUGAGACUGUCCGUGAUAAAUUUCUUCAAGAAAAGUGUAAAUGGCCACAUCUUCCGCGGUAAACAUCGGCUGGUGAAACGAGUAACGCCGCGCUCAACCGCUUCACUGAUCCGGGAGUACGAGCAAACGGAGGCAAACAUGAAAUUACUGCUUUAUCCGUACCUCUCGAGGGAGCAAUCGAGCGGGCACGCGAAGGAACUGGGCAAAAAGGAACAAAUUGUGGCCCGAUGGCGUGAAGAGCAGCUGAAAAUGAAACCUCACGUAACGAUCGCCGAACGGUUGGCGCAUCUCGAGGUGAAGAACGUGUGGGAUUAGACGGCUAAGCUGCCACCCUUUCGGAUAGAAUCAUUGUAAAUGAGACAAGAAUAUAAAUAGUAGCACAAUAAGGAUUUAUUGAACGCCUAGCGUUUCUAUUAACAAUGCACUUAAAUAUGUUG